ACAUUCGCGGAACGAGCGCGUAAAGUGAAAGUGGCUUCUGUGGAAGAGCUGUAUAUUUCUGAAACUUUUGACGUAAGAGGAGACAACAUGCCUCUGACAAAUCAAAUUGAUUACAGUUCUUUAUCUGAUGAAGAGCUCACCCAGAUGCUGGUUGACUAUGGUAUAGAUGUCGGCCCCAUCAAUGUUGCUACCAGGGGUACGUAUGAACGCAAACUUUUCAAACUGAAAACUGGUGAAGCCUCUCCACCCACACAGAAUUUUGAGCCAGUUCCCGAUGACGAUGAGGAGGACGAGGAAGUUGAACUGAAAUUGCCAUCGACUUCAACCAGAUCUACACCUUCUGCAAGUGCAAGAAUGACCUCUCCUUCAUCUAUCCCAGUUCCCACACAAACUCGGUUUCGACGGGAAAUUUUUGAUCAGUCCACACCCAUAAUCGACAGUCGACCUUCUCUGUCUGCGACGAGGCGAACUCCGACUGAAACACUGAGCUCCCGGCCCAGUGGUGGAAGGCCGCUGCCUGUCAAAGUGGAGCAAGAAAGCAAAGGCGUUCCUCUGGUGGUGAAGCUGAUAGCGCUGGCGGUGGUUGUGGUUCUGAUCUACCUCAUCUACACCAACAUGGAGCCUCAGGCCAUCAGCAACAUCCCCAGUAUCCAAAACAAGAUGGAGGUCUAGCCCUGCCCUGCUCAGCACUUGUCUCCAAAUACAGACCUGCCAACUACUGCGAUAAAAUCGGAGCUUUCCUAAUUUUGUUCUGCCUCUCGGAAAUCCCCGAUUAGGUGUGGAUGAAAUCCCUUUUUAAAAAAUUCUUCAAUUCCGUUUCUGUCGAGUCCUGUGCGACUCGUCUUAAAUGAUGUGAAAGUACACAUUUCUAUAUUUGUGUUUAUUGACGCGUGUUUACAUUACACGUUUAUUUGCCACUGUCGGUUUGCUACACAAUCUUUAUCUACUGGGGUUCUCCGAAUCCCCGCUCAAACUCCUAUUGUAUAUUGUGGGUAUUUUAAGGAAAACUACUCUAUUUUUGGUCUUGGAGUGGUUUGCAAUGUCUGCCUACAGGUGCUACGCAAAGGGCUGACCUACUACGUUGAGUUGUUGUUCAAAUACACUGUGUACCGCAAUGCAUUGAGUUUUGCAGAAUGUGGAUCUGGACGUUUUGCCCACAAUGCAGUUUUGAUUUACCCUGUAGUCCGAUUGACCGUUUUGAAAAAUGUUUGGAAAGUAAGUACGUUUAUGUUUUACGGAGGAGCCCACCCUGAAAUGCAACAUCUAAGCUGGGGAUAUAUAGAUGGGCCGGUUCUCAUGGAAAUCCCUCCCUACAGCAUCAAUUAAUAUAUUUAUUAUUACUGCUUUUUGUUUUAUGUCAAAAUGAAAUUUGCUUGCUGAUGUUUUUCGGAGAUAGAUUUUUAUCUUACUCACUCCUUGUUGUUGUUUAUUUUGCAUGACAUUUGCAAAAAGGAAUGUUUCUUUUCCUUCCUAUUAGAGAUCUGGUUUCUCUCCACUGGAAAGAAUAUUGAUAAGGGGGGGUAGGAAGGGAGGAGCUAUGUUAGUUUUUUGUCUUCUUGUGGUUUUUUUUACAUUUUAGCAAUAAAAAUCUUCCUUUGAAUAGAAUCAAGAGAGUUCUGUAAAAAUAAAUUUGCACCUAAUGUCCUUCAUUCUUCAGAAGUGAAAUUUGGACCUCUAUUCCUACAGUAUAAUUUACCUAUUAACUCUCAAUGUUGCAAAUUUCGGACAUUUGUCUUGUCAGUAUUAGACUUGGAGCUUAAUUCUGUUUUUGCUGAUCAUAAUUUAUUCAAAAUAUAUAGACUAUUUUUGCUUUUAGUUCGUAUAAUAGUAAAAAUAGUUUGUCCAUCAAUGCCUAACAAUGACCUAUGCUUCUGCAGAGGAGAAUAUCUUUCAAGCAAAAUAGACAGAAUAAGGGUAAAGAUGACUUGUGGCCUCUGCUAUGGCCACUAUUCUGUACAGUUAGUAACUAGAUGUGAAAAAACAUCCUUCACCGUUGGCAUUGUCUUCAGUUUGCUUUGUAGUCUUUGAGCAUGUCGAGUCUUCUUUUGCCAUCUACCCCUGCUAGAGAGCUUGGAAAACCGACUGUAAAUCGUAUUAUCUUCAUUUCACAGCACAGUUGGUUUUUAAGUAUAUAAUAUGGCCCUUUUUUUUUUCUUCAUAGAAUGUAGAAUCAUCCCUUGCCUUAACCUUCUUAGCACCAUAAAUAGGUCAGCACAGCAGGACCAAAAUGGCGGCCAGCUGAUGGCUUCCCAGAACCAGAUUAUUUCAAUGUUUUUCAGAGAUUCAGGGGGUUUAGUAAAGAAACUGCUUUUUCUUUUGAUCUAAAGCGACACUUUUCUAUGAAAUUUUAUGUUCAAGGGCCUAGGACGUCAGCAUCUAAAUUUAGAGUGGAAUGUUUUUACUUCAAAGCCUGCACUAAAGGUGAGCGUGUCAGGCCAGUAAAAGUAAAAUCCGAGAUGGCUCUACAGCGGCAAAGCGGGUAAAAGCCGGUAUUGCAACAUGACGGGAAGGCCGGUUUAGGCCGAUAUGGCUCAUAAAGGGUUAAAUAGAGUGGCUUCAUUUUUCAUGUUCAGUCUGAAAAUCUGUGCUUAGUUCUAUAUUUUUGGGGUUUUUUUUGCUCUCAGUCUUAAUGAAUCCUUAGUGAUAUUAUAUGUGACCUUGGUUGGGCACCACAUCAUCACAUUGUCUCGCCCAUGGGGCGACAAAACUUUGCUACCCUAGGAUUACUAAGUUGUAUCUGCUCAGUACCUAGUUUUAGGAAGCUUGAGGUUAAAAAUUUUGAGCAUCACAUGUCAAGCUUUUUCGGAUGCAAAUCUUUGAACCAGUUGUAACGGGCUUAAAUGAUUUAAUAAAAAGUAGGCACUGGGCACUAGAUCUACUGCAGAUUUAUUAUGUUUGUACCUUCUCCUGUGACUGUUGUAAUUAAUUACCCCAUGAACAGGUGUGUAGGGCACAGGGCAUACUGUAGACCAUGGAUAUGCACUGUAUAAAAAUAAUUACAUAAUAACACGGAUAUGUCAAACAUGAAAGACUCGAAAUCACGCAUCUGCCGAAGUGUGCCAGCGGUCGCCUUUCCCCCCCCCCCCCCCCCCUUCUUUAACUCUGUAAGAUAUCCCUCGAUCUAUGGAUCCCUAGAACUACUGAGGCCGGACCUGACGAAUUCUAGCUGUCCGUGUUAUACUGUAUUGUUAUUAUUUUCAUUACUCCUGUAUUUCGAAUGAUGUCUAGUCAACCUCCGUUAGGCUAAGUAGUACAGUACUAAAAAGAUAAACAUGAGAAAUAAGAAAAUACCACUGAAACAUCACUGGAAAAAAAAGGACCUACAAGUGAUAGAUUGACAGCGGAUAAUCUUUGUAAUAAAAUUGGUCCUAUUCAUUAAUCCAGGACUACAGUGUGUAAAUUUGGUCCCAUUCUAGAACAGGGUUAAGCUAUAACAGUGGAAAGAUCGUUCGCUACAGGUCUACUUUGACUAGCUUGAAUAUAUUGACUGCAGAAAAGAGUGUGUGAAGGGUUUGGAAGGGGUGUUUACUUGGCCAGUGCCCACCACCAUCUUGAUCUGCAGUGUGGAAAGAGUCUGGGGUUGGGGGUUUUUUUUCAGUUAUGCAGUCUGUGGUAGGGGAACUUUGACCUCACCAGCUCGCUACCUCAGAAUUAUAGUUUUAUCUGCUCAGUAGCUAGCUUUGAGAAAUCUAACGUUGAAAAAUUUGAGUUUUAUAAUAUGUCAAGCUUUUUCAAAUGCAAUUCUUGAAUAUCUUGACGACUCCGAAUAAUCUUGUGACUUUGAUGGAGCAGAUGGAACAUUUGCUUUCUGACCUCAUGGUCUUAGUAACUCAAAAUGGCCAAACAAAAUGUCAGAUUGAACUUUGUAAUUCUAAGGUAGUGAGCUGUUGACGCUGCAAUCCGUUAGUUUCGAAUGCUCAGGUCCCAUUUUGUUCUUUUUGUAUGCAUUGGACUCUGCUUAUACCCAAAAACUAUGUGGGUGAUUUGGUGUGAUUUUCUUUUUCUUGCCUAUCAAACAUCGAUUGUCCCUAUCUCUCCUCCAUUUUUGAAAUUGUUACUCUCUUGUAACACCUAAUCUUUGACAAUUUAUUUUUAUGACCUCAUUGUGUUGCAAUUGCCAUAAAACUGUUACUAAAGCAAAAAACAAACUGAACACGAUUAAUCUGAAAACAGCGGUUUACCGAAAGUAAACAAGAUCUCAAUUUGUUGACGGUUUUUUUUCAUAGCAAAAUGUCUAAACGGAAAAUACAGAUCAUAGAAUUUAGAAAAUCCGGCGGUCUGACAGGUUUUGGUUCUAAUUUUAAAAACUUUGUUGCUAUUUUCUGUUAUGCUACUUGCAUUACUAAAAUCAAAAGUACUUAUUUAUUAUUAGUAAUCAAAUUUUGAGGGAAAUAUGUCCAAUCUAUGAAUUCUGAUUAUUUAUGGGUUUUUGGGAGUUCUGUAAUUGAUGGUUUCCCAUUGAUCAAAUUCUUGUACAGAUGCAUGCCAAAGUUCAGAGCUGAUCAGAUAAUGUUUCUCAUGCUUUUAAAUCAUGUAGAUGUUGAGGCAAAGGGGUUUAUGAUUUCAAAAUGUGCCUACUAAUACUAUCGAAAUAAAAUCUGUUUGCGUGUCGUAUGACAUAUAUUGAUUGUCGUUAUUGUACUCAUGUAUGAUGCUGUUAAACUUACUGAACAAUUCCCUGUCAAUAAAAGUUGUUGAAUUUUCA